AUGGAUGGCCCUAUCCACUUGGUUCUUGUGUCUGGAGUUGCUGGGUCUCGUGCAGGAGAAGACGGAGAUCCCAAGAAGUUUCUCAUUGAACGAUUUCCGAACUGUCUCCUCGACGAAUUCUGCCUCUUAGGCGGCUCCGUCACCAGAAGCCGACUUUUGUACCACAGAUCCAGCUUGCUACUAGAACAACUACGGAACUCGCGAAGCUCUCAGAACGUCUCACAUGUCUUUUUCGGCGCACCGCAUAGAGCAACUGGGCAAAACACCUGGGAGCAUAUGUGCUCGCGCCUCAUUCUGAUGUUUGUGCCACCACCAGAGUACCCCGUCAAACUUGUUCAACGCUUAGCGGGCGGAUUGGACGGCCUUGACGCAAGUUUCCGCACAAUAUCUAGCAGUUUUGACGUUGUCAACUUUUACGAGUCAAGUAGACAUCCCUCAGAUGAGACGGACGUCCCCUGUGACACUACACACGAGGAGCUCUGGCGGUUUUAUCCUGGGGAACCCGUAGCUGAGGAGCUGUACCAACGGAUCCUUGCAACGAGAAACAGUUCGUCAAACAUCCAUCGGUUGAGGCCAACCUUUGUAACAUCGACCCAAGUGGACUGGAUCUGCGACAACAAUGCUGUCAUGUCCUGGAGAAGCGACCCCUCGGUAGGGAUUCUACGCAUUAGCGGACCUUCAAGCUCUGGUCCAACUGCAGUAGCGGCACGGAUUCUGGGGAUGCUCCUAGAGAAAACAGAUCUCAAAAGAACCGUAUAUCUCAGCUUCUCGUUCGACAAGAAUAAUAUUCGUGCCCGUGCUCCAUUCGAUCUUUAUCUUUCACUAUGUCGUCAACUUCUCUCUUCUCGGCCAGGUUACUUUGAACAUAUUUCACCUGUUGCCAAGUUCCUUACCAAAGAUGGCGUUUGUACUACGGAGACCCUGUGGGUUAUGGUCCGAUGCCUGAUGAGUCACUUACUAGACGACCAAAGUGUCUCGGUAUACUGCAUCGUUGAUGGCGUAGACCAGUGCAGCACCUUCCAAAAGGAGACGAUCAACCGCAUGGAGGGAUUCAUUGGACCGUCAAAAGGCCGAUUUAAACUUCUCCUCUCAGGGUCCUUGGUGGCACUGCAAUCAACUUGCGAGUCGACAAAGUACCAGGACGUUGCUCUUGAGUCAAGCAGUGAAAACAUGUUGUUCGCGAAAGAGCAACAUGUCCGGGGCAGGAUCAACGAGUUGGCACUUGACAACUCUGCAUGGGACGGGCUCGAAAAACUGGCGACCGAAAUGUUGGGAGAACUGCCCAAAGACUCGCCGUAUUUAUUGGUCAAGCUUAACAUGGUUUUGCUCGAGUGGACUGGCAGACAUUCGACAAGAAAGUCCCUGAAGAAGGCACUCAAACAACAACCCACAACACUCUAUGGAUUCUAUAACCGUGCACUGAGCUCCAUAGAUGAGGCAAACUGCAACUGGGUGACUGCAGCUCUUCGAUGGGUUGCCUUUGCAGUUCGACCCCUGAGACCGACUGAGCUGGCGGUAGCCGUGGCGCUUGACGAAAUCCCAGGGGGGUACCCUUGGACCACAGACUUUUCGUCCGACGAUUUUAGUGAUUUGAUCCGCCGAGACAUUAUUGGAGAUUUGAAGCAGCAUAUGGUACCGCUCUUGAAGGUGGAAGACAACCGAGUCUAUUUCAUCCACGACACCUUUCGAGCUUACCUCGUAGAAACAGUAUUUGCUUCCAGCCUGCCGCAGACAGAGAGUGAUACUCUGUCACAAAAAGAAGAAGAAGAGGAGGAGGAGGAGGAGGAGAAGCCGAGACGAGACAGUCUUGGCCAAGACGGCUGCCCGCUAGUUGACAGCCAUUGCAGCCUUCUCUUCUAUUGUCUCGAAUAUGUGAGGGGUUUCGGCAAACGAGGCGCAGAAUCUUUCAUUUGCGAAGACGGCAUCCUGACCUCCCUCCCUGCUGACUGGGACUUGGGCCUACUUAGCUAUGCAUCUCUGCAAUGGCCUCGCCAUUUUCGACAAACAACCACCAAGUCCGAAGCUCAGAGCUUUCUACUCCAGUUUCUCCAAGGUGGCGAGGGGGUGAAGACGUGGCAAAAUCUUCACCAUCUGCUGAAUCCAUUGCAUAAGAGAAUCAAUACCUCGCUGAACAGCCCUCUCAAAAUAGUGUGCAACUUUGGACUUGCAGAGCUGGUCGAUCGUUGCAUCGGUCUCUUGGCGCCUACCGAGGACCCAAAAGUCCAGAUGCGCGAGUCACUUAACCUUGCAGCCAGAAACGGCCAUGACAAUGUUGUUCGAAAUUUGCUUGACAAAGGCGUCAGAUCACCAGAGGCCCUUGGUCUAGCCGCUAGAGGGGGCUUCGAGAAUGUCGUUGAAACCCUGCUUUCCGUUGGUUUCGACCUGAACUAUAUAGACGAGACAAGGUAUGCGCCACUCCAUCACGCUACUUGUGGUGGCCACACGCAAAUCGUCUCGUUGCUUUUGGAAAAGGGGGCCGAUAUCAACGUUCUUAUAUCACCCAUUCCAAGCCAGGAGCUUUCGAAAUUGAUCCGUGAGCAAAACCGCCUUACUCGACAGUCAAGCUACCCCGAGUCGGAUUCAGACUCCGACUUGGACGUCGAUGACCUGAAACUGUCUCCAACGGGGACUGAGGCCAACGUGUUAGCCCACCUAGCCUGGUCUGAAUCGAGCUUACAUCUGGCAGCACUCACUGGGCAACUGGGAAUUGCCGAGCUGCUACUCGAGAGAGGUGCCGAUGUACAUAUAGAGAAUUCUACAGGAUACGGACCCUUGAGCUAUGCAGCAAUAGGGGGAUUCCCAGAGCUACUAUACCUACUUCUGAGGUAUAGAAAUGAUGGCCUAGAGAAGGUGAGUGUAGACAAAGUAUCCACGUCAGAUAGAAACACUGCACUACAUCUUGCGGUUGCGUGCGGUCAUACCGAGGCAGCUGGGAUCCUUUUACGACAUAGCAAGGACGCUCCCGAGCUUGCCCAAACAGCGAACAUCCACCACUUGACCCCUAUUCAUAUCGCGGCGCGACAGGGACAUGUCAGUCUCCUGAACUUGUUAGUCGACAAGACGGACAAGAAGCAAGACACAGAGAGCAUUGACAGCACAGACAAGGACGACCAGCAAAUGUCACCCAUAGAGUUUGUAAUACCCCCGGGAAACCCUUCCACAAGUUCUCGCCGACAUACUCGAAGACGGUCCCGCCGCAAGUCGACUUCAAGGCGCUCCCCAGAACGGAGAAGCAGGCCUUCUUCCGCGGCCCCGACUCCCAUCACCGUUCGGGAAGACCGACCCAAAUCAGCGCUGGAAUUAGCUGCUGGGAAUGGACACGACCAGGUUGUACGUGCCUUGCUUGAACGUAAAACCUGGAGCAGGCCGCGGGAUCGUGCAUUGGCUCUCAAUCUGGCAGCUAUGAAUGGACAUAGCAAAGUUGUCAAGACUCUUCUUGAGACCCUUGCCGGUGACAUCUUGGCCCCUGCUGCCGUCGAUUCUGGUGGGAAAACAGCAAUUCAUCUUGCAGCUGAAGGAGGGCACUCAAAAAUACUCGAAGAGCUACUUGCUCAUCCACGAUCAUUUCCGGUCAAUGCCACCACAAAUGAGGGUAUUGUGCCGCUUCAUAUUUCUGCCAGAGCCGGGCAUGUAAAUGCUAUGAUGGUUCUCAUCCGCCACAAGGCCGAAAAGGAUUUUGUUGAUCAACAUUCCAAAACAGCAUUGCUUCUUGCUGCGGAAAACGGACACCUGUCCUGCGUUGACCAGCUUCUUGAGCAAGGGGCUGAUCACAAAAAGACAGACGACUCGGGAAGGACAGCAUUACACCUUGCGGCGGGGAACGGACACAUGGCGGUUGCCAAGACAUUAUGCGCAUUCAAAGACAUCAUGUGGACGCAGGACGAAUGCCACUAUACGGCCUUUGACCUGUUGGUGCGCCAUGAGAAAAUCGAAUACGUCGAGGACUUUAUUCAGAUGCUAGAUAAUACUGUCGGUGACGAGACCGAGUCAAACCGAGGAGGGAUCCCACUUCAUAUGGCCGCCAACAUGGGGAAUAUUGACAUGUUGCGGCUCCUGCUUGACAAAGGUUGGAGGCCCGACGUUCGCGAUGCCGAAAGCUUGGCGCCGCUGCAUAUUGCAGUCAUGGAUGCCUUUUUUCCAGGCGUCAAGCUACUUCUUGAACACCCGCUCUGCGAUAUCGCCGCCAAGGAUAGUCUUGGUCGAACGGUAACGCACCUUGCUGGGACAGCGGAGCUAGCGAGCUAUCUCUUAAGCUCUGGGGCUGCAAACGACUUGAAAGACAGCUUCGGCCGAACUCCGUUAUAUCAAGCUGCUUUCGAUGGCCAUGUUGGGGUGGCUGAAGUACUUCUUGACUCAAAACCCAAGCCAAAUAUUGCUACUCGAGAUUCGGAUGGUUGGAAUGUUCUGCACGCGGCAUUUGACAACCCGUCCAUGACCAAGUUGCUGCUGAAGCAUGAUGCGGAACCAAAUGCUCUGACAAAUGAAGGUCUUACACCUUUAGCUCUCGCCAUCCGGGAGAAUUUCAUCAAAACUGCGGGGCUGCUGUUGGGAGCCGGCGCUGAUCCAAACCUCGUGGGUGCCUUCGAGGACCCCCCGCUGAUUUUGGCAUUCGAACAGGAGAACACUCUCCAGCUAAUCAAGAUACUUGCUAGCAAGAGCAAUCGUCUGAAUCUCUUUGCUAAGGGCCCUGAUGGGGACACUGCACUUCGCAUCGCGGCGCGGCGGGGGAAACUCCCUGAGGCCCAAUAUCUGCUCAAGGCACUCGAAGAUAGUGCAACACCUGGCCUCAAAGCCGUGUGUUUUUCAGCUCUCCGCGACUGCGUGUCUUCGUUGGAAUUUAACUCUGAACUGGCAGAGAUGUUUGUCAAACGCGACGUCGAGGGCAUGGUGAACAGAACAUCUGAGCCUCGGCCUACUGCGCUGCACGUGGCAUGUUCCAAAGGCACUAUUGGUGCGGUCAAGUGGCUCCUCGAAAAAGGGGCGUACGUCAAUACUCUGCGAGGAGGGUACAGCGCAUUAUGUGCCGCUGUGGAAAGCGACCAGGAUGCCCAGGAAAAAGUCGAGUUGCUCCUCGAACACGACGCUGAUGUCAAUGUCACCCACGAAAACCAAGCCACCGCUCUUCAGAGAGCAUCAUCCAAAGGAAGGACACAACUUGUCAAGCUGCUCAUCGACAACGGAGCAGACGUUAAUCUCACGGGAGGUGACCUUGAUAGCGUUCUGAAUGCAGCUAUCCGAACUGGGUCAGACUUGGCCACUAUCCGACUCAUAAUCAAGAAAGCAGGCGUCUCCAGAGCUGGGAGAGAUGGCAGGUUACCUAUUCACAUCGCAGCUAUAUCAGACAGGGCCAACGUUUUGCAAGUCCAGGUAAACGCGGGAGCAAAUCCUCUGGCCAGAGACGCAGACGGGCGGUCCGCCCUAAUACACGGAGUUGCAAAUCUCAGCGACGAGGCGGUCGAGUACCUCCUCAGGGAAGGCUAUUUCGAUGCCGAUGAGGUGGACACCAACUCCCAGACGCCUCUUAUCCUUGCUACGAUAUUUGGCUGCAAGACCACCGUCAAGCUCCUCCUCGAAGAAAAGGGCUUCAGCAAGCCCGAGGUACUCAAUGCUCAGGAUUAUGAAGGCAAGACGGCCCUGGUGCGUGCAGCGGCUCUAGACCAUCUCGAAAUUAUCGAGGAGCUGUUGGAAAGGGGCGCAGACCCGUGUCUUGUCGACUGCCGUGGCCGCAGCGCGCUCUAUUGGGCUGCGCGCGGAGCACGGAUGGAGACGCUUGGGGUUGUCAUCAGGGCCCUGGAAGAGCGAGAUGAUCAGCCCGCGGACCUCUGGAACGUUGCUGUUCACGGAGCUAUUGCAUCCGAUAGGCCGUAUGCUCUCGAAAAACUCCUCGAGAAGGAGGAUGUGGAUGUCGAGUUCACGGGGCCCGAUGGUUGGACUCCGUUGUAUACUGCCCAACGGUAUGACUCGGGCCGUAUAGAGUCAAUUCUGCACCAACAUGCUCAAAUCUCUUCAAAGCCAGCAGAAGGGCUGCAGAGGCCAACCAAGUGGCAUCCUCAGGAUUCAUACCGUAGUUUCGAGAUGGGACCCGAUGGCAACACCCUGAGUGUUCUGGGAGGGACCAAAUUUAUCUAUCGGACCGGGCUAGACAGCGCAAUCGUCAGGGCAGACUACCCCAUGCUGCCCCUUUACAAAGGCAGAGUCUACUAUUUUGAGCUUAGACUCACCAAAGUUGCCGAAAAAGGGUUCGUCGGCAUUGGAUUCUGCGAAGACAAGACUUCGCUGGAUAGAGCGCUCGGCUGCUUCCAAGGCUCAUGGGCGUUCCAUUCGGACGACGGCUGUCUUUUUGAGGACGGGAAUAAUCCAUGGACUGGAACUAAGUAUGCUGAUGCUUGCAGUGAGGCGGGCAAGGUCCUCGGGUGCGGAAUCAACUUUGCAACAGGCGAAGCAUUUUAUACCAUCGACGGAACAGCUGUCGGGCGGGCCUUCACCCAAAUUCGUGGCAAGUUGUACCCAGCCGUAACUAUGAAAGUGGCCUACGGAGGCUGGGAGGUAUCCGUUGUGUUCCCAGGAAAGGAUGGAAAGUCUGACGAUUUCAUGUACAAGGGGGAUUUAGAGAGCGAGGAUUUAACUCGGGAGGAUACAGAUGGUAAUGCUGCUGAGGCACAAUGUGGCAAGCCUGAAUACCAGGCUCUAUUGGCGGCCCCGGACACCAUGAUUCUCCUUCGCCGGAAACGGCACAAGAGGUGGCUCUAUUGA